GCGGGCUUCUUACUACGCGGCUCGCGCAGUUUCUCUUGGGUGACCCAGUGGCCUAAUGGAUAAGGCAUCAGCCUCCGGAGCUGGGGAUUGUGGGUUCGAGUCCCAUCUGGGUCGUGCCGUUUGUAUUUUGUGGCCCUGCCGCGGGUGGCUCCGCGGUGCCAGCCCUACCUAGGACCUGCGCGACUCUUUUGCCCGCAGCCGCCCGGGCCUGGCCUCCGCCCCCGGGCCCCUUCCCCGCUCUUGGCGCUGCGUCCCGCCUGGGGCUGCCGCCCUCUCCGUGCUUCCCGCGGGCUUCCUUUCGGUGGCUCCAGCUCCCCUCCCGGGAUCUCUGGGAGAGCCCCAGCUGGGAGAACUCCCGGGCCCGGACGUGGCCACGGUGCUGUCGGUCCCUCAUUUGCCCAGCCCCGCUGGGAAAGCUUUUCCAUCUCAGCUGCUCGAGCAUCCUGGAGCUGCUGGAAUGCUGGGAAUACUGCAAACACCACUGCUGUGCUCUUAAUGGAGAUUGCUCCUGUCCAGGAUCCCUGCCCUAUGCUGAGAAACCCGGCCAGGCUCUUAGCAAAGAUGUUUUUAGUUCAGCAGCUGCUGCUCAUGGCCAGGUGAAAGUGCCAGCCGGGGGCACGGGCAGUGCCAGCAGGAAUGCCAGGGAAGGCCAGCUCCUGGGAAUGCCUCCCACCCAUCUGCAGCAGCCAAAGCCCCCGGGAAUCCCCUCCCUCGUGUCCAACAAGAAGAAACAUGUUGAGCCUUCCCUGGAAAACAGCACUGGGCUGAGGAAGCAGCACUGGCAGCACGGAGGGGUCCUGCCCCUGGAGACCCUAACCCAGGGGGCUUCUCCCACCCCCCCCGACUCUGGCCAGGCCAACAGGAAGCACACAGACCGGCGGCUGGCCAAGGUUGCCAACAGCGUGUGGGCUCACGCCCUCCACGCCGCACCUUCCCAUCCAAAGAUGAUGUCCCUGAUGGAAGUUUAUCAUUUUCCAGACUCUGGAACAAAGGAGUCAAAUGAUCCUAACACACUGCACCACUUCAACCGACCAGGGAAGGCAAUCCCCUAUAAACACCCUGACCCCUUCACAAGGAUCCCCAAACCCUCCUGGGUCACCAACCGCUGGUCACCCAGCUCGAUGUACCUGGGUGUGCUCAGGAAAGUCUGUGUUCCUGUUGUAGAUGGUGACAAGGAGAAGGUGUGUCUGACUGAGUGCAGGAAGGAGCAGGAUGAAGUGGAGGCCUUUUGUGCCAGCGAGUUUGCAGUGAAUGGAAUUGUUUAUAACCUGGAAAGCCUGGGGAAUGGAGUUCGCUGGAUUACCCUCUUGGUAGACAGUGAUGGAUUGUACAAGAUGAGUCGCCUGUAUGUCACUCCUGAUGCUGCCUUCUUCCGAGUUCACAUCCUGGUUGUGGAUACUUUAAACUGCAGUAAACCAUGUCCAGACCUUAAACUUGGCAGCAGGUACAUCGUGAUGGGGCACAUCUACCACAAGCGCCGGCAGGUGCCCGCCAAGCUGCUGCCAGCCCUGUGCAGGCGGCUGCGGCCAGGGGAUGGCUGGGUCGGGAGCAGCAGCAGCUAUGUCAGGAGAUUCAACAGGAAAAGGGAUCUCAGGGUGCGGGCAGCACGCUCCAAGUGUCCAUAAAGCUCCAGGGGCUCCGUCCAGGACGUGGGAGCAGCGGGAUCCACACUUAGAGCACACCUGGCCGUGGGCAGCGCUCUCGUCUGGAACCGGCUGCGAUCCAACACCUGUUUUUGUGCUUUAGCAAACACUGGGUGCCUCGAGCAGGCACCCCUGGUGAGGUUUAGCACAGAAGUCAGUCUAGGGAAUAUUAACUGGCCAUGAAUUUGCUCCAGCUGCUUUCAGAGCCACAGGUUAUUGUAGCUUCCCCUGCUGCAGUGUGCCCUGAAUAAUCUGUAGUAACUGUAAUGCAAAAUUCUGGCAGCUUCAUCCUCAGUACACAAUAAUUGCACUUUGAACCCUUCACCUUGAACAGAUUAGAUGAUACCACAGCUUUAUCUACACAGGAUGUUCACUGUGUUUUCACAGUUCUGCCUAAAGUAUCACAUGCAUUCGAUUUCAGAGAAACCAAAGCCACCAAGUACCAUUUGUAUUAUUUUUGUCUCUUCAACCAUGUCCAUGGUACUUCUGAAAAUUACACCAUUCUUCCAGCAGAGCUGGAUGUUCACAAAAAGCAUACAGAAUAGAGUGUAAUGAUUUGAGUAUGUUGCUGACUGAAAGCAAAUCAAGAACUGCACAACAGAAAUGCCCAGUUGGGUUUACAAGCGACAGCACAGGGAAUGAGAAAGUGCCAGGAAAUGCGAAAUGAGCACAGGCUGCACACACUGCAUGUGCCUGGGCAUUUCGUCCCAGAGCUGUACUGAAUGCCAUUCCCCAGGAGAAAUAUUGCCAAGCUUGUACUUGCACAUUGGUAAAGUUACUUUUUAAAUCAAAAAGUCACUAUUUUAGUACCUUUAAUGUGGUGGAAUUGAGAUGUUUGUUGUUCCCAGUCAGUAUUCGCAGAUAAGAAGUCUGUAAAAGAAACCAAUAAAAUGCACGAGGUUCUGCUUU